UUGGCUGGGGCGCGCAGGCGGGGAGGAGCCGACCGCGGGGCCGGGAGUGCGGCGGCGGCGGCAGCAGCAUGGGUCCUCGCCCGCGGCUUCGCUGAACCUCACUGGCCUGGGCUGCCCGCGGCGCCCGCAGCGGUGGCGUCAUGAAGGGGGCCCUGGGGAGCCCGGUAGCCGCCGCGGGCGCCGCGAUGCAGGAGACGUUCGGCUGCGUCGUGGCCAACCGCUUCCAUCAGCUGCUGGACGACGAGUCGGACCCGUUCGACAUCCUGCGGGAGGCCGAGCACCGGCGCCAGCAGCAGCUGCAGCGCAAGCGUCGCGAUGAGGCGGCGGCGGCCAGCGGGGCUGGGCACCGUGGCGGCAGGAGCCCUGCCGUGGCCUCAGGACACAGGCCCGGCGCGGCCGGCCGCAGGGAGUCGCAGAAGGAGCGCAAGAGCCUCGCGGUGUCCAGCGCACAGCAGCCAGACAGCCCCGGGGGCCCUCAGCCGCCAGGCCAGAAGCGGACUCCUAGAAGAGGGGAGCAGCAAGGAUGGAAUGACAACAGGGGGACAGACGUGGUGCUUGAUAGAGCAGAGCGAAGGUCCUACAGGGAAUACCGGCCCUACGACACUGAGAGACAGGCCGAGUCGACAGCGGAGAAGUUUACUGACGAAAAAGCAAACAGAAUGGAGGACAGUAUGGGUGGCUGUGGCGUUCGCACCUGGGGAUCAGGUAAAGACACUAGUGACACAGAGCCACCUGCACCCAUGGAAGAGACCUCGAUGAUGGAGGAGUGCCAGGGCGUCCUGGACGAGGAGUCUGCAUCCAAAGUCCCUGAGUUGGAGGUGGAAGAGGAAAAUCAAGUCCAAGAGAUGACCUUAGAUGAGUGGAAAAACCUUCAAGAACAAACCAGACCAAAGCCUGAGUUCAAUAUCCGGAAGCCAGAGUCCACAGUUCCUUCCAAGGCAGUGGUGAUUCACAAGUCCAGAUACAGAGAUGAUAUUGUGAAGGAUGACUAUGAGGAUGAGUCUCACGUCUUCCGGAAAGCUGCCAAUGAUAUCACCUCCCAGCUGGAGAUUAACUUUGGUAACCUCCCUCGCCCUGGACGGGGAGCCAGAGGCAGCACCCGGGGAGGCCGAGGAAGAAUCAGAAGAACGGAGAACUAUGGCCCCCGAGCAGAAGUGGUGACCCAAGAUGUUGCUCCCAACCCGGAUGACCCUGAGGACUUCCCCGCCCUGGCCUAACAGCCACUCCCCUGCAGCAGAGCAGCACUAUGAAGAGACUUUCCUUGCCGCGAGAAGAGUCAGACUCUAAGAACAAUAGAUGUUGCUUUUCCCGUGUCGUGUGAAAUUGUUGCACUUUUUUGCUCUGUGGGAUAUGGAGUUCCCAUGAGGUCAGGCCCUUUCCCCAGAUGGAGACUUUUGUAAGGAAUUGUAAGGAAUAAUGUUUAAAAUGUGUACAUAGAUUCUAACAGUUCCAGCACAGUUAAACCUAGCACUUGGGAGGCCAGCCUGGUCUACAGAGUGAGUCGUCCUUUAGGACACGUGGAGACAGGAGAACCACUCCCUACUGUGUUUUCAUACCAUUCGAUGGCUAUUGCUCAUUUCUGAGAAAAUGCCUGAGUUGUGGUUUAGACAUUGUACACCAGGGUCAACCCCUGAAGCAGAUUUAAACUACCUCGUGGUCUGUGUGUGCAUAGGAGUUCAGGGGGUUGUUGAGUAUAAUCAUGUUAUAACUCAGCUCAGCUUUGUACACUAACUGUGAACAUGGGCUGGUCCCUCCCAGCCCGCUCAAUCACCCCAAAUAGCUCGGGGAAAAUUCAUUGUAUGUAGGAGGGACCAGAGAUUAGCAAGGGAGGUUUGCUUGUUGUGCUUGCAAUGGAACCUUGCUCCCAAGACCUGUGCUCUCCCAACUUGGCCAAAGUCUGAGAUGGUGCUGAACUGGAAGGUUACUAUUGUACUCCCCUCUGCACUUUGUAAACUGAAUCUUGGGGUGAAGGAUGCUUGCUUGGGGUGACCACCUGCUUCUGAUCCCAUGUUUAUUAAAUGAAUGAGUACAAAGGUA